AUGGCUGGGAACGUCGUUCGACAAAAACCGCGCAGACUCGUGCUAGUAGUACCUGCUGCUAAUAGCCACGAUAACGAGCCUACUGGUAGUAGCAGCCACAAUCACGUUCUUACUGCUGCUACUAAUCGGUACGACCUCGCAGAUCUUGUGAUUCCGGUGGAAACCCCCCGCGGAGCCAGUUUUUCCGCCGUGCGCAGCCCGCACGCGGAAGUUGUUCGGCGGAAAGCCGCGCCGUCGCUCGAGAUGGACGCGCAGUGGCGCGACGAUGCGGCGGCGGUGGCGGCUUCCGCGAAGCCUGCGCGCAGCGGAUGCUCAGCUGCAGAAGGCGCAAGCGUUAAGAAAGGCGCAAGUGACAAGAAAGACGCACGCGCAAUCUCGGGCGGCAAUGGCGCAAAGGGCGGUCACGGAAAGCAUCGCCGCCGCCGCGGAAGCAGCGCCGUCGUCGGGAAAUGCGGCGCCGCCAGCGGUUACCGGUCUGACGACAGCAACGCCGGCGCGGACGUCGGCGGGUGUUUCCGCCUCUUCAGCCCGCGCCGCGCGAAAAUCGCUCCGGGUGCGCGGAAGAUAAGCGCCGCGGGUUCCGCCACAGGUGUUCGACAGGGUUCCGCCAUGGGUGUCACCCAGGUUCGACCGGGUUCGAACAGUGUUCGACCAGGUUCCGCCACGGGCGUUCGACCGGGUUCCGCCACAGGUGUUCGCCCAGGUUCCGCCACAGGUGCUCGACCGCCUGUGCGUGGGGCUUCCGCUUACCAUUUCCGCUUCCGCCGGUCGCGGUCGACGUCGCACUUGGAUGAGCGACGCGGCGCCGGCGACGGUACCAAUGGCAGGACAGAAAACACCGACGGCGGAGAGGGAUGGGGAGAGUGGGGAACAGGGGAGGAGAAAGGGGAAGCGGGAGGGGGAUGGGGAGAGCAGGGGGGAGGCGGAGGAGUUGGAGGAGGGGAGCUUUCAUUGUUCGAAGGGGCGGAUGGUAAAGCAGCAGCACAAGCAUCUCGGCAAAAGCGGGAACAGCAACAGCUUUCUUUUCCCGCCAACACCUCUUCCGCCUCGCCUCGUUUUGCCGCCGCGGCACCUUCAUCUCGCUAUCCGCCCCAUGCGCCCCAUUCGCCCCAUCCACCUGCGUCGCCGUCGCCUCGUCAAGCGCCCUCCCCUCGAUCUCGACUGACCCGUCACCUCGUCUCGUCACCGCGACUCGCCCGCCUCCUCGCCACCUCGUCGCCUCAUCACCGCACGGGCCACGGGCAGCGUACCCCCGGCUCUAGCAUGUACGGGUAUGGUUAUAGUCGCGCCGCGCCUCAGAGCAACCGCGCCGUCCGCAGAACAUGGUCCACUGUAGAACGCGGCGCGCCUCGCGCGUUCCCCGCCACGUCCCCUCGUGCUUUCUCCGCCUCACCCCCUUCCUCCGGAGGUCGUUCCGACUCGCCUCGCUUCACGAAUGCCCGCGGCUCUGCAGCUACUACUCUUGUCCGCGACACAACCGUCCGUCACGAUAACCAUCUCAACUAUGACGAGGGCGACUGUGACGAAGACGAUGGUAACGAUAACGACGAGGGAGCCGUGACGGCGCGGCCAGUGCAGCGGGAAGGCGCACAAGGCGCAGAAGGCGCAGCAAGGGGAGUUCCUGCCAAGGUGCAGUUUGUGGGGGAACGAGUGGGGAGGCGGGGAGGCUUGGACAGGAAGAACCAAUCGCCUACUAGGAACGCUCCAGAAUCACUCGCCAGACUCCUCCUCCCAGUACCCUUCCUCUCCCUGCCAUUCCCCCACUUUCCCCUGCCCCGCCCUCCCCACCUCCUCACCCACCCUCCCUAUCUCCUCCCCCAACCCCAACCUCAACAUGACCACCCCCAUUCCCUCUUCCGUCUCCCCAUCCAAGCCCCCGCGCUUCCCCACUCGUUCCCCCAAGCUUUCCCCCUCUUCCUCCAUCAAACUCUCCCCCUCUUCAUCCAUCAGAGCCUCGAACUCUGUUGA